AUGAAGACAGAACCAGCGGACGACGAUGGAGGUGCUUCCAGCAAUCCGCCACCUUCGCACCCGAAGAAGCGCAAGGCGACACAGCCCACGGAUGCGACCGCGCCUAAGAAGCCACGAGUCACGAAAGACCCUGUGAAGAAUUACCAGAUCGAAGACACCUCCGAAAACUUUGCGAAGUACCUAGACGUCGACGUGGACGAGAUCGGCGAAGUCGACGCCAAAGAGCACAAGAACUUCAAGAACUGGGCCAAGCGUGUCGCCAACUGGUACAAUGGUCACUGGCGGGGCAACGGCAACAUCUCGCCGACCCUACUCGACACCCUGUGCAUGAUCAUUCGAACGACUUACCCUGAUCUACCGAAAGCACGCAUUCAUAUCGGCAGGGAUGAAGAACCGGCGAUUAUCAUCCUUGCGUGGUCGAAGACGAAGACGCAGGAUGCGAACAUCAAGUCUUGCAGAGACCGAAUCAAUCGUCUUCGCUACGAUGCAUUCAGAGCCUUGGAGAAUGCGCCGAUCAUAGCGAGCGGUACGGUCGGGUACAAGAAAUCUGCCAAGCAAGCGAUUCAGACGUACUUCAAUGAAUUGCUACGGAUCAACCUCUACAAGAACGGCGUGGACAGUACAACAUACACAGGCGACGACGACAUCUUUUCGUUCAAUCAAAAGAAAGACAAGUACCUCAAGAAUGUGCUGCAAGGCGAAGAGCUCGAGGCUGGGCGAGUCUGGCCGCUCGACAACGACCUCUGGGACGAUGAGGAUCAGGAGCGUCCAUUCCUAUCCGCCUACCACCCGCCAGCUCGCAAGGGCAAGAAAGGCAAGAAGGAGGAUGACCCGGCCAGCGAGGAUGUCAGCCCCCCGGACGAAGACGAGACUGAGCACAUCAAGCAGGAAAAUGAUGAACUCGACGACGACUUCGACUCGCCAACUGGUGCAAGCCAAGGCAUCAGUCCUAACGGACAGCCAACAGCUUCUGCAGGAACUGCCGCGAACAUCAGCGCAUUGACGAAUAGUUUUGAGCCGCAAGCUGCACCAGCUGCUGCGCGAACUGCUGCUACCGCACAAGAAUCCACGGACACCGUCAAGUCAAAGGCCGCACUCCACUCCUUAUCUCCAGCCUCAGGUUCCAAGGUCGCCAACAAGCCAAAGGCCGUACCAGCUGCCGCACACCCUGCUGCCGAGAAGGAAGUCAACAAGCCAAAGGCCGCACCAAUUGCGCCGGACACAAGCACUAGCUUGGAGACAACGUCUACAGCCCGUGAGCAUACCGCUGCACAGUCCGGUGCGCAAGGCAAAGGAGCUAUGCUCACCGUCAGCUCGUCGACAGUGGAUAGCUCUACAAAGAAGGAUAUUGUGCCAACCAACACUUCACCAAAUGGUUCAAUUGGACAGGGAUCGAGCGGGACCGAGCAGAUGGCAUCAAGAAUGACUGGUAUACUCGAACAGAAGGCUGCUGCACCGACUGGAGCUCAUCAACAGGCGAUGACAACGCUACCUCAGGAACCUUCCAACAUGCAAGCUGUCUUAUCUGUACCGGCUGCUGCAGGUUUUGUGCAGUCGUCUAAAAACGACCAAGGUGACUCUGCACCACAAGGUUCAGGUUCGAAGGGCAAGAACAUGUCUCAAGGCUUUGGUGACGCAGGGAACUACGGACAGGAUGCUCUUGGGGACACCGAGAAGACGACGAAGUCAAGGGCAGCAGCGAGUGGUGCAGGGAUUGAGGAGAUGGGGGACAAGUUGGCAGAUGAGGAUAUUGAGAUGACAGACGGAGCGGAUGCACCCCUUGCACCAACAGGAACGGACGUGCGCGAUUAUCCCAAGGCCAACGACGUCGAAGGAGCGGGAGCUGGUGCGGCGUCUUGA